AAGGGAUUGGUCUGGGAUUGGUCACGACUGGACAGACCGAGCCGUGAAAAAAACUUCGAAGGAACUUCACUUGGAAAAGGCAACGUAAAUGAUGUACGAUCAGUUUUGGAAGUUUUCGUUGCCAGGUAUAAACCUUGGACAAAUGUAAUUUUUUCAACGAUGGUGCGAGAUUUGCUUACAGUUUGCUUAAUACGGGAGCGGCAUUAUGACACUCGUGCUAAAGAGUAUAGAAUUUUUUUUUCUACGAUUGUACAAGAAGAGAUUUCUAUUUAAAAUACCGGUAAGGCUAUAAUAUAGUCGCAAAAAGAGACGCCGGUCCGUGACUUAACGCAGCGUGACUUGCCGAAUUCCUCACAGCAGAGUGAGUCACAGCGGUGAUCACCGCAACACGAGACGCAGUUCACUCCAGCGCUGACGAAAAUGUCGAGUAUUUCCGCGAUGUUAUUGGAUUUGAGUUCUGAAUCUGAUUCCGAAAGUGAGCUCGAGUUAGAAACUUUAUGUUAUGCCGUUUUGUUGGAGCAAAAAGGAGAAAGAAGCGAUUACACGAAGAAAAGAGAAACACAUGGAGAAUUCGCUCUAACUAAGGAAUUUGAUGAUGACAAAUUUCAGAACUAUUUUAGAUUAAACCGAGUUCAGUUCAAAGAAGUGCAUGAUCUUAUCCAAAAUGAAAUUUGCAGAGAAGGCUGCAACGCCUCAAGGCCCAUUGGAACCGAGGAAAAACUAGCAGUAUUUUUAAAGUAUUUGGCGACAGGAAACUCAUACAGAGAUAUUGCAUUCAGCUACAGAUUGGGGGAACGAACGGUUUCGAAUAUCGUGCUGGAAGUAUCACAAGCUGUGUGGAAAAUAAUGCAACCAUUGUUUUUGCCGGAACCCACAAAAGAACAGUGGGAAUCAAUCGAAGUUGGUUUCGAUCGAAAAUGGCAAUUUCCGCACUGCAUUGGUGCUAUUGAUGGAAAACAUGUUGUGAUAAAAAAAACUGGAAAAACUGGAUCAAGUUAUUUAAAUUAUAAACACACUUUAUCUGUCGUGGUAAUGGCUAUCGCCGACUCAGACUAUAAAUUCAUUGCUAUUGAUGUAGGAUCUCCAGAAAGGUUUAGUGAUGGAAGCAUUUUCAACCCAAGUGUUGUUGCUAAAGAAAUGAUCGAAGAUACUUUACAUAUUCCAUUACCUGUAGUACUAUCUCCAAUAGAGGAUCCAAUGCCUUUCGUAUUUGUAGGAAGUGAGGCGUUUCCUUUAUUUGAGAAUUUGAUGCGACCUUACCCUAAACGAAGCGUUACUGACAAUGACGAAAACAAAGUUUUCAAUUACAGACUUUCAAGAGCACGCCAAACGGUAGAAUGCAGCUUUUCCAUACUCUCUUCGUGUUUUAGAAUUUUUCGAGCACCAUUUGAAAUUAAAGUGAAUAGUGUUAUCAGUGUCAUUAAGGCAGCGUGUGUGUUGCACAAUUAUUUAAGGAUUUCUGUAGCUGAAAUGAGUGAAGAAAUGAAUGAAGAGAAGAUGCCAAAGGAUCAACUGCGGCCAUUAUUACAAUCUAAUUUUACCCGAAGUUCACAAAAAGCUUUAACAAUUAGACAGAACUUUACUACAUACUUCAAUACUACAUGAAUGGUUCCGUUACAGAGAGAAAGUGUUUCAAAAAUAAAUUACUGAAAUACUCAGAAUUUGCAUACAAUUACAUUGUCAUACCAUAUAAUGUUUUUAUCAGUGCAUGUAUUUUUUGUUUAAAGUUAAACUACGUUUUUAUAUAAAAUGUAAACUUGUUUUGAUUAAUAAAUACUUUAG